GGCUCAUGGACACGUUUUCCUGAACGGUUGACAGAAAGCUGAUUCUGGCUGUUGAAGAAGGUCAGGGUUGUAUUUCCUUUCCUUUCUUCUUGAUGGAUGAAUGGGAAAAGGCCUGCUCUUUGAUGUUGGAUCUUCCAAGGCCAAGAGGAUGGAUGCCAUUCCAGGAAUGUACUGUUCUGUGGGCGGGACAGUGGGCAAGGACCCGAGGGAAGGAGUGGAGGGAGGCUUCAGAACAGCCCGAGUAGCCAGGUGGCUGGAGGUGUUGAGAGCUAUAAGUGGCGGGGCCGGGGCCUCUGCCUGGGUCUCCAGCCAUGGUCCUCGCAGGGCUGCUGCUGCUGCUGCUCACCCUGCUAGCCGGCGCUCACCUGCUGUGGGGCCGGUGGAAGCUCAGAAACCUCCACCUCCCACCUUUGGUCCCCGGCUUCCUGCACCUGCUGCAGCCCAACCUCCCCAUCCAUCUGCUGAGCCUGACUCAGAAACUCGGGCCUGUCUACAGGCUUCGCCUUGGGCUGCAAGAGGUGGUGGUGCUAAACUCCAAGAGGACCAUCGAGGAGGCUAUGAUCAGGAAGUGGGUGGACUUUGCCGGCAGACCCCAGAUACCAUCCUACAAGCUGGUGUCUCAGCGCUGCCAGGACAUCUCUCUGGGGGACUACUCUCUGCUCUGGAAGGCCCACAAGAAACUCACCCGCUCAGCCUUGCUGCUGGGCACCCGCAGCUCCAUGGAACCCUGGGUGGAGCAGCUGACCCAGGAGUUUUGUGAGCGCAUGAGAGUCCAGGCCGGUGCCCCCGUGACCAUCCAGAAGGAAUUCUCUCUCCUCACUUGCAGCAUCAUCUGUUUCCUCACUUUUGGAGACAAGGAGGACACCUUAGUACAUGCCUUUCACGACUGUGUUCAGGACUUGAUGAAGACCUGGGACCACUGGUCCAUCCAGAUUUUGGACAUGGUUCCUUUUCUCAGGCUCUUCCCCAACCCUGGGCUCUGGAGGCUGAAGAAGGCCAUAGAGAACAGGGACCACAUGGUGGAGAAGCAGCUGAGGCGCCACAAGGAGAGCAUGAUGGCCGGCCAGUGGAGGGAUAUGACGGACUACAUGCUCCAGGGGGUAGGGAGGCAAAGAGUAGAAGAGGGCCCGGGACAGCUCCUGGAAGGACACGUGCACAUGUCUGUGGUGGACCUUUUCAUCGGGGGCACUGAAACCACGGCCAGCACCCUCUCCUGGGCGGUGGCCUUCCUACUUCACCACCCCGAGAUUCAGCGCCGCCUUCAGGAGGAGUUGGAUCGCGAGCUGGGCCCCGGAGCCUCGUGCUCCCGAGUCACUUACAAGGACCGUGCUCGGCUUCCUCUGCUCAACGCCACCAUCGCGGAGGUGCUGCGCCUGCGGCCGGUCGUGCCCCUGGCCUUGCCUCACCGCACCAUUCGGCCUAGCAGCAUCUUCGGCUACGACAUCCCUGAGGGCAUGGUCGUUAUCCCCAACCUCCAAGGUGCCCACCUGGAUGAGACCGUUUGGGAGCAGCCGCACGAGUUCCGGCCGGACCGCUUCCUGGAGCCGGGCGCGAACACCAGCGCGCUGGCGUUUGGCUGCGGGGCGCGCGUGUGCCUGGGCGAGUCGCUGGCGCGCCUGGAGCUCUUCGUGGUGCUCCUGCGACUGCUGCAGGCCUUCACCCUGCUGCCGCCGCCCGGGGGCGCCCUGCCGUCGCUGCAGCCAGAUCCCUACUGCGGCGUCAACCUCAAGGUCCAGCCUUUCCAGGUGCGGCUGCAGCCCCGGGGGGUGGAGGCCGGGGCCUGUGAGAGCGCCAGUGCCCAGUGAUGGGGGAGGAGUGGGGGGGGGGCGGGGGAGGACUCGACCAGUCACGUGCCUCGGUGUCUCCUUUUAUUGCUCCCGUGCAAACCCUUGCCCUCCCCCCUGUAAACAUGGUGCUGUGAGAUCGCGGGUGGAGAAGGCUUCCGCUGGUGGCUGGAUGGUCAAGGUGGCCCCUGGCUCUUCUCUAGGCGCAACCCCUCAGUGCUCGGCAGUCAUGGUGGGGCGCUGGAGGGGUGAGCGGCGGCUCAGCCUCCCCUGCCCGGGGGCCGGUAGUUUCUUGGUCUCAGCUUCAUUUCCGUGAAGGGCACUGAGAAAUCGAAGCCCUUCCAGUAGUACCAGCUCACUCCCUGGGAAGGGGGUUGUUGGGAGAGAGUCAGUGUCAGCCGUUCAGCUCCCGCCUGCCCUCCCCUCUGGGGAGAUGGUUCCAGAAAUCAAUCAGCCAUUCUCCCUGUCUCCCCUUUUCCUUUUAAACCCUCAACUGCAAAGGACUGAAGCAGAAUCGUGAGCCGUCCCUUUACAUCCAAUAAAUCAUCUCCUCCUC